AUGCAACAAGAAGGGAGUAAUAACGAAAUACGCGAUAAUGGUCAAUCUGAGCAAGAACAGAUAGAAAGUGAACAGCCUGGAGUUGACGACAGUAAUGAUCAAGACACAGAAAUAUUUGGUAUAUUAAUAACUGAAAUGGGUAGAGCAUAUGCCGAAUUUGAUGGAACGAACCCGCUAGAGAGACCACCAUUACCAAAGUUGAAGUCAUCUAGAAAGCUUGCUGUGGUAUUGUGUCAGUUAAAUAAACAGAUCCUGCCAGAGUAUCUAGCACACUCCAACUGUAUAGAACAACUUCACACACUGAUAUACUGUGCAGCUGUUGCAACAGUAAGAACACUUGGUGUCAAAAUGCCAACUCAAAAGAUUACUGAAAAUUCAGUAAAACCAAUAACACCAAAAUGGGAAAAACGUCUGGAAAGAAGAACGGCAGAAAUUCGCAGAGAUAUUGGACGUCUUACCCAAUUCACACGAGGAAUAACAACUCGAAAAGUCCGAAAGCAAGCUAUGGAAAUAAUGCAACGACUCCACCAUCAUUCUCACCAAGACGCAACUAACAUCAACGAGUGGCAAUGCCUUGAUACCUUGAAGCAAAAACUGUCCGUAUAUACUCAGCGAUUGAAAAGGUAUAAAGCGUCCAGUCACAGAAAGCACGACAAUGCGCUCUUUCAACGAUCCGAAAAGGCAUUCUACAGGAAACUGUCAUCCGAACCCCAGGAAAAGAGCAAAACGGUGCCCACAAAGGACCAAGUAGAGGAAUUUUGGGGCAAGCAGUUUGGCUCGACAGCUUAUUACAACAAGUGUGCAGGAUGGAUUACAGAUGAAGAAGCGAAGAGCCAUUAUUGCAAUCCCAUGCAGUAUAGGGCAUAUACCAAACAAGAAAUCGUGGAUAUCGACCAGGUCAUUCCUACCAACAAUUACAAGAGGUUCAUACUUAAGAACUUGCAACAGUCUGAUAAAUGCAGGUACGGCUGUCAGGACUCCGAAACAAUACAGCACGUAACUGGUGGAUGCCAAGCAUUCGCUCCAACGGACUAUAAGGAGCGCCACGACAUAGCUGCCAAAAUCAUUCACCAGGAGUUGGCAUACAAAUUCAAACUGAUCGAAUGCAAGCUACAGUACUACAAAUAUACACCGCAAUGUGUCCUCGAGAACGACAAGUAUAAACUAUACUGGGAUCGCACUGUGCUUACGGACCAAUACAUAAAACAAAACAGACCUGACAUAAUCAUUGUCGACAAGGACGCCCAGAAACAAGAACAGAUAGAAAGUGAACAGCCUGGAGUUGACGACAGUAAUGAUCAAGACACAGAAAUAUUUGGUAUAUUAAUAACUGAAAUGGGUAGAGCAUAUGCCGAAUUUGAUGGAACGAACCCGCUAGAAAGACCACCAUUACCAAAGUUGAAGUCAUCUAGAAAGCUUGCUGUGGUAUUGUGUCAGUUAAAUAAACAGAUCCUGCCAGAGUAUCUAGCACACUCCAACUGUAUAGAACAACUUCACACACUGAUAUACUGUGCAGCUGUUGCAACAGUAAGAACACUUGGUGUCAAAAUGCCAACUCAAAAGAUUACUGAAAAUUCAGUAAAACCAAUAACACCAAAAUGGGAAAAACGUCUGGAAAGAAGAACGGCAGAAAUUCGCAGAGAUAUCGGACGUCUUACCCAAUUCACACGAGGAAUAACAACUCGAAAAGUCCGAAAGCAAGCUAUGGAAAUAAUGCAACGACUCCACCAUCAUUCUCACCAAGACGCAACUAACAUCAACGAGUGGCAAUGCCUUGAUACCUUGAAGCAAAAACUGUCCGUAUAUACUCAGCGAUUGAAAAGGUAUAAAGCGUCCAGUCACAGAAAGCACGACAAUGCGCUCUUUCAACGAUCCGAAAAGGCAUUCUACAGGAAACUGUCAUCCGAACCCCAGGAAAAGAGCAAAACGGUGCCCACAAAGGACCAAGUAGAGGAAUUUUGGGGCAAGCAGUUUGGCUCGACAGCUUAUUACAACAAGUGUGCAGGAUGGAUUACAGAUGAAGAAGCGAAGAGCCAUUAUUGCAAUCCCAUGCAGUAUAGGGCAUAUACCAAACAAGAAAUCGUGGAUAUCGACCAGGUCAUUCCUACCAACAAUUACAAGAGGUUCAUACUUAAGAACUUGCAACAGUCUGAUAAAUGCAGGUACGGCUGUCAGGACUCCGAAACAAUACAGCACGUAACUGGUGGAUGCCAAGCAUUCGCUCCAACGGACUAUAAGGAGCGCCACGACAUAGCUGCCAAAAUCAUUCACCAGGAGUUGGCAUACAAAUUCAAACUGAUCGAAUGCAAGCUACAGUACUACAAAUAUACACCGCAAUGUGUCCUCGAGAACGACAAGUAUAAACUAUACUGGGAUCGCACUGUGCUUACGGACCAAUACAUAAAACAAAACAGACCUGACAUAAUCAUUGUCGACAAGGACGCCCAGAAAGUAACACUGAUUGAUGUGGCCAUACCUAAUAGUAACAAUUUAACAUACAAACAUAAUGAGAAAGUUGCAAAAUACAGGGAGCUAGAAUUUCAAAUUAAACGCCAGUGGAAAAUGAAGUACGUGGAAACAAUACCAAUAAUAAUGUCAUCUACAGGGGUGAUACCAAGAAGGCUGCUAGAAAACAUCAAAGCGCUGGAACUGAGUGAAAACAUUUACAAAAUCAUACAGAAAGGAGUUUUGCUGGCAACUGCCCGCAUAGUAAGAAAAUUUAUGGGAAAUGCAAGUACCUAG